AUGGCCGUGUGGGGCGGCGGGGCGGCCCGAGCGCUCACCCGCGCCCUGCGGCGCCGGCGGGCCGCGGCCGCGCUGCCGGGGGCUGCAGGCGAUGACCAUGCUGAUCUGUCUUUUCAGACAGGUCUGAGAGAUAUCCUUCAGAACUACAACAGGAAAAGACAACUGAAAUUUGGUAGUACCUUGCCUGUCUCUCUGACUGAAAUGAAAAGCAACAUAUUCACUGUGAAGAGACCUUUCAGCACUUCACACUCAUCAGUGGAUUCAAAGGAAAUGAAAAAAUUCCAGCUCCUUGCACAUAAGUGGUGGGAUGAAGAAGGAGAAUAUGCAGCCCUUCAUUCUAUGAAUGAUAUUAGAGUGCCAUUUAUUAGAGAUACUCUGUUGAGCAUGAGUGGUAAUUAUCAUCUGGGAAAUCCACUUUCAGGAGUCAAGAUUCUUGAUGUGGGCUGUGGAGGAGGACUGCUGAGUGAGCCUUUAGGUAGACUGGGAGCUUCAGUUACUGGAAUUGAUCCUGUGGAGGACAACAUUAGAACAGCAGAUCAGCACAAGUCAUUUGAUCCAGUCCUGGCUGAGAGAAUACAGUACAAGUCCAGUUCACUGGAGGAGAUUGUGGAAGAGUCUAUGGAAACCUUUGAUGUAAUUGUAGCUUCUGAAGUAGUGGAGCAUGUGGCUGACCUUGAAAUGUUUAUCAAGUGUUGCUCUCAGGUGUUAAAGCCUGAAGGUUCUUUAUUCAUUACGACAAUCAAUAAAACGCAAUUGUCCUAUGUCCUGGGAAUUGUGGUUGCAGAAAAAAUAAUGGGGAUUGUACCAGAAGGAACACAUGAAUGGGAGAAAUUUGUUCCCCCUGAAGAGCUGGAGCGUCUCCUGGAAUCAACUGGCUUUUCCGUGAGGAGCGUGCAGGGGAUGCUGUACAAUCCGCUCUCGGGCUCCUGGAGCUGGGUGCAGAGCACGAGCCUGAACUACGCGCUGCACGCCGUCAGGGCCGGGGCUGCCCCACAGCCACACGCCUCAGACACCCUGCCUCAGACAGAUGUUCAACAGAGCUCAGGCACAGCUGGCACAGCUGGCACUGUCCCAGACAGCACUGUCUGACUGUGUGCUGAUGGACUGUCACAGAACAGAAAGUGAGCUUUUACUCAGAUGGACACAAUAAAACCUUUGCCAACAACAAGCGUCCUGUUUGCAUCAAUAAUACACGUGC